AUGGAUGCUGGCCUGGAUGUGGCCAGCCAGGGGAUGGCUGGGGCCGGGGGCAGGUCCCCCAUGGCUGGGUCAGGCGUUGCAGGCGGACGACCUGCAGGUAGCUCUAAGCCUCCAGGGGGAGCAGUGUUAGGGACUGCAGGUGGAUGGCCUGUAGAGACCUCCAGGCCUGCAGGGAGAGCCAGGACCGCAGGAGGUGCCUGGGUAGCAGGUGGCUCCUGGGCAGAAGAGGGAGGCUCCUCCCUCAAGGCUGGACAGGGCGCUGGAACACAGGCAAGAAGUGGCAAUGGUGGGGGCUCGUUGGACCACCUCUCUGGGGGUGGCAGCAGGAACCCCUCAUCGAGCCACUACAUGGGGGGGAUGGCAGCACAGGGACUGGGUGGACGGCUGUGGGGCAGGGACAAGGAGGACCUUCAGUGA